ACUCCAUAACAACUUGAGUUUUGAGUUUACAUUGAGGCACGUGCUUUCCGGACGGUUCAAUGCAGUACGCGGAGGAUGGUAUGCCCCACUACGGGCACGGGGACGGCGCCGCGAGCGGAAUGUACGAUCCGCACAGGCAAAGCAUGAUGAACCACCAUGUGGUGUAUAAUUCGAAUCAUGUUCCAAUCGCAAAUCAUGUGAUGGGAUCUGGCCAUGAUCAAAUGUGUUCCAAGAGGGAUAAAGAUGCAAUAUUUGGGCAUCCACUUUUUCCAUUGCUGGCUCUGAUAUUCGAGAAAUGCGAGCUGGCCACGUGCACCCCUCGAGAACCCGGGAUAGCUGGGGGAGAUGUCUGCUCGUCGGAGUCCUUCAAUGAGGAUAUCGCCGUUUUCGCCAAACAGAUCAUGGCAGAAAAUAUCCACUACACCUCCAACGAGGAGUUGGACAGUCUUAUGGUUCAAGCAAUUCAAGUGUUAAGGUUUCAUCUUUUAGAAUUAGAAAAGGUUCACGAACUUUGUGACAACUUCUGCCAGCGGUACAUUAGCUGUCUGAAAGGUAAGAUGCCCAUAGAUCUUGUCAUCGAAGAAAGAGAUACGAAGCCCGACAUCGGAGACACAAACAACAACAGCAAUGGCAGCAGCUUCUGCGGAGGUCCUCCCUGCGUCUCCAGAGGUCUACUUGACACUUCGGGGGGUCACAGCACUGAUAGCGGAUCUACACCUGAUCACCAGGGUCACUAUGAGGAGGCACCUGUUGGCAAUAUGGACAGGCUGGCUCUUGGGAGGCCUCCGUCCCAGUCUUUAAAUUACGGGUCAGCCGGGGACGAUAUCCGAUCACCCACCGGAUCAACGGGAACUCCUUGUCCACUGUCCCAGCAACCAUCAUCCCAGCAGAGCACAGACAACAACAGCGAGGCUGGAUUUUACAAAGAAUUUUUAGGAUUUUCAACGACAAGAGAUGCAAGUGUAUGCUCAGGAGAAGGAUCUGGUGACGAUGACGAAGAUGAACGCGGUAAGAAGAGACAAAAGAAGAGGGGCAUUUUUCCAAAAGUUGCCACUAAUAUCAUGAGAGCUUGGCUUUUUCAGCAUCUCACACAUCCUUAUCCUUCAGAAGAUCAAAAGAAACAACUAGCUCAAGAUACGGGUCUUACAAUCCUUCAAGUCAACAACUGGUUUAUAAAUGCGAGACGAAGAAUAGUUCAGCCUAUGAUAGAUCAAUCAAAUAGAGCUGGUGGCUCUAUAGGCACCCCUGGAGCAGCAUAUAGUCCAGAAUCGACAGCAAUGGGUUAUAUGAUGGAGGGUGCUUCGCCAAUGCACCUUAGAACUUCGAGUUUGCAGAACCUGUCUUGUCCGGAGAACAUGACUCUUGGUCACAUGGCCAAUUAUUCACAAUUGAGAUCUCCUCACUCUCAAGCCAUGCUGAUACCUGGACACGCUAUGAUGAUGCCUCACGGUCCGCUAGCUCCACCCCACAGUUCUCCAUACGACAGCUCUCCAUCAAUGUAUCCUCCUUAUGUUUAUAAUCAACCUUAUUUACAAAACCGAUCAAAAUCAACAAGUUCCGAAGAGCUAGAGAACAGUCAAUAAAGUGGAAGAUAAAUAGACGAUACUUUUUUUUUAGGAAAUUGAAUACUCAUUCCAUCGGAAUUAAUACUGAUGGUGAAAAUUUUAAAAAUGAUAACUAUAAGUUUCUGCUUUUAAAUCUACCUCAUUUUUUUAUUUAUAUUAUCAUUCAAAUGAUUAUUAUUCAUAAUUUUAAAUCUCAUCUUUUUAAAGUAUUCACAUUUAACCUUCCAUUCCUUUAAUA